ACCAUGGCAUUACUUCACAUCCUGUUCAAACACACACUGUUGGCAUAUCGUUUGGUAGGAAUAUACUGACUAUUCAACUCACAACUCUCUAAUGAGGUUUCCCAAUAAGACGCUCUGAUUUUGUUGGAAAAGUGCAGCUUACAGGAUUUCAGGACAUCAUGGACAUGACUCCCAUCCCCAGCUCUGGUAAUAGUAACCUGAAUGAAGCCAACACUUGUGGAGUGGACCUCAGCCAAGAUGCCAUCUACCUUCCUGUAAUCUACAGUAUCUUCUUCAUCAUUGGCACUCCCCUCAAUUUGAUGGCCCUGUUCGGGCUCUAUCGUCUGAUCAAGUCUGAAAACGUCUUACCGGUGUACGUGAUCAACCUGCUCCUUUCGGAUCUCCUCCAACUGUUCACUGUACCUCUAUGGAUUGACUACUAUCGCAAGGGUCACAGCUGGCGAUUCGGGUCCACUUCCUGCCAGUUAUUGGGGGCCAGUUUCUACGUCAGCAUUUACACCGGCAUUGCCUUCAUGUGCAUCAUUGCUUUGGAGCGCUACUUGGCCAUCGCCAAGCCUCUGAGAUUCCAAGCAUUGAGAAAGCUGAAGUUUGCACGAUGGAUAGCCCUUAGCAUAUGGGUCGUGGUAGCCGUGCCUCCAUCCAUCGCCUUGCAUAAAAUGCAACCCAGCGACAAUCACACCCUGUGCAUCGAGAGCUACCCUUCCAAGGAGGGGUUCAUCAUCUACCGAUUGAUCACCUUAGCCCUGUCCUUCAUCAUCCCUCUCGCCUUCAUCGUGUUCCUCCACCGGAAGACCCUGAGGUCUUUGUCGGCCAUUGGUACCUUGGGAACGGAAGAGAAGCACCGCAUCAGGGGGCUUCUCACUCUGCUGGUGGUCAUCUUCAUCCUGGUCCUCGGCCCCUACCACAUCACAGGAUGCGUGAAGUACAUUGGAUUGCUUCUCCACAGGGACGCCUGUGAGUGGGAGAAGGCUGUGUUUUUGCCCUACCAGCUGGUCAGGGGUCUGCUGAGCCUCAACAGUCUGCUGGAUCCUGUACUUUAUACGUUCCUGAGGAGUGACUUCAGGGCGGCUGUGGGCCAUUACCUGCCCUGCCUGAGGAGGAUGCAGGAGUCUGUAUGGAGGACUGUGAGUCAUCAGAGGACCACCACUAAGACCCCUAGUAGUCUUUCAGAUCACACUGAUUCUAUCUAAACCCAAACCAGACAUUUGUAACAUACCGGUACAUGAUGUACAGUACCUAGCUAGAUACUAUCUGCUUUUAUUAUAAUGUAAUAACCAGCCUUCGAAGAACCAUCACCAGGACCCCUAUUAUCCUUGAAGACCCCACAGAGAGACCCUGAUUCAACCUGUGAUAACCAUUAAUACUGAACAUUAUUCAUAAAUGCUGCAGAACAAAGGUUAUACUGUGGGAAAGGAAAAUCUCUAAGAUAUACAUAUAUUUCGUAUAAUUUUUUUUUUUACAAAAACUGUUUGUUUCUCUAAACAGUGCCAGUGGGUUUUGGAAAGUACAUUCUUGAUUGAGACAGACGUGGUUUGCCUCAUAUUGCCACAGCCAGGAAGUUGCCAGAUUGGGAUUUCAUGUGACAGGCAGUUGGUCUCGCAGAAGGACUGGUGUCCUCAUAAUAAAUUCAUAUUUCAUCUUUCAAGCACCAAAAAAUUACACAAAAAGGAACUUGCCUAUAAAUACAUCUUGUUCCAAAUCAAUUGGAAGUUGUUUUACAAACUUGUUUUACAACUUUGUUUAAACAAACUUACAAACAUAUAAGAUAAACUGCUAAGGGACUGAACAUAGUUUUAAUCCUUGGUUGUCCACAAUAGUGUAUAUUUGACACUGGGGAGAAAUAUAAUGUAGUACUUUGAUGAUUUAGAGUUGCCUCUGGCAACUGAAGGGAUGGUUCCACCAGACUGUUCUACCUAUUUAUAAAUAGCAUCGUACCCAACUGAAAGGGAUGGUUCAACCAGACUGUUCUACCUAUUUAUAAAUAGCAUUGUGCCCAACUGAAAGGGAUGGUUCAACCAGACUGUUCUACCUAUUUAUAAAUAGCAUCGUACCCAACUGAAAGGGAUGGUUCAACCAGACUGUUCUACCUAUUUAUAAAUAGCAUCGUACCCAACUGAAAGGGAUGGUUCAAACAGACUGUUCUACCUAUUUAUAAAUAGCAUCGUACCCAACUGAAAGGGAUGGUUCAACCAGACUGUUCUACCUAUUUAUAAAUAGCAUCGUACCCAACUGAAAGGGAUGGUUCAACCAGACUGUUCUACCUAUUUAUAAAUAGCAUUGUGCCCAACUGAAAGGGAUGGUUCCACCAGACUGUUCUACCUAUUUAUAAAUAGCAUCGUACCCAACUGAAAGGGAUGGUUCCACCAGACUGUUCUACCUAUUUAUAAAUAGCAUUGUGCCCAACUGAAAGGGAUGGUUCCACCAGACUGUUCUACCUAUUUAUAAAUAGCAUCGUACCCAACUGAAAGGGAUGGUUCAACCAGACUGUUCUACCUAUUUAUAAAUAGCAUCGUACCCAACUGAAAGGGAUGGUUCCACCAGACUGUUCUACCUAUUUAUAAAUAGCAUCGUACCCAACUGAAAGGGAUGGUUCCACCAGACUGUUCUACCUAUUUAUAAAUAGCAUCGUACCCAACUGAAAGGGAUGGUUCAACCAGACUGUUCUACCUAUUUAUAAAUAGCAUCGUACCCAACUGAAAGGGAUGGUUCAACCAGACUGUUCUACCUAUUUAUAAAUAGCAUCGUACCCAACUGAAAGGGAUGGUUCCACCAGACUGUUCUACCUAUUUAUAAAUAGCAUCAUACCCAACUGAAAGGGAUGGUUCAACCAGACUGUUCUACCUAUUUAUAAAUAGCAUUGUGCCCAACUGAGGACCACAUGUACACAAGAAUUGGAAGUGGUUUUGUAAUGUGGGGCAAUGUGUUAUAUUGUAUUUCUGUCAGCAUUGCAAUGCUAAAUGUAAAUCAAGCUAUAUCAUAAACCUAUGUACCAUUUGAUUUAAAACAUUUAAUUUAAAACAUAACUGUACAUAUCAUGACACCUUUCAGAUUCAGUUGAUUAAAAGAGUUUCAUGUUUGCAUAAAAGUGA